AUGUCGAGCGGGCCGUUCAUCUCGCGAAAAGUGGCAGAUGCUGAGUAUCAGGCAUACAACGACUACCUGGAGAAGACCGAGGUGCUGAAGAAGUUUGCGGCGGCGAUCGGAAAACUCUAUAAGAUGCCCGAGCCGACCCGUCCGAAGGACCCCAUUCAUUUCAUCAUUCAGGAGAUGGUGCCCAACUACAAGUUCCCCGAUGCGCAAGUCGCCAAACAAAAGCGACUCCUCUUGGUCCAAGCGACUCUUCAACGGAUCAAAAAGCAUAUGAAGCAACAAGAGAAACAAGAAGAGCUGCGACGUCGCCAAUUCGUCGAGCUUUGUCGCGCUCAUCAGCAAAUUGCUCUCAAAUCUCCACAUUUCACCGAUCGUCACUUCACACCGAAA